UGCUAUACUUAACCUUUGAGAUAUUUCGGAAAAUUGUGGCAAUCAGCAACAAGAAUGAUUUGCUUUCCAGCAAAAUGGUUUUGCUCGGUCGGCAAAAUAAUUUGCUCAUCCAGCAAAAAUUCGCGGCUGCAAGAGCAAAAGUUCUUUGCUAAUGCGGCACAUGACACUUAACACAGGAUUUCUGUCACAGCAGCAAAUUAAUUUGCCGUCGCUAUAUUAAUAAAAAAAUUUGUAUCAGUGGCGUGGCGUACGCUGUCGCGACACAAACAUUUCUCUCCGCGCGCGUAAGCAAAAUUAAAAAAUAUUCGCUCAUGGCGAUAAACAUUUUAUGUCAGUGUUGAUCGUCGCUCGACGUGUCCGACAGUUUUCAAGGUCACGGGUGAGGUCUAUGAGUUAGUGAUUCCCGCUCGAGGUUUUGAUAAUCGUUCAUACGACGAACUAUCAACGAGAACAACGUUGACCAUGACGGAUGAUUUUUUCUCCUUUGUAACGCCGAAAUUGUGCAUUUUUAAUGAAGAGGACGUCACAAAACAUUCAAAAAAGUUGGAUAUUCCCAUCUUUUCAAGGUUCGUUCCCAAUUCCUCAUCGUUGUACCUUUCCAGGCGAGCAAAUGUUAAAAUUCCUUUGGAAGUGAAUAAUCGAACUUUGCGGAACUAUGAUAGGAUUUAUGCUCAUCAUUUAAAUAUCUCAAAACAAUCGAUCAAAAAAAUAUAUUUCAUCGAGAAAGAGUGCCCGAAUUUGCGAGAAUAGUGCAGCAGAUUCCUCAACCAGAUAAUUAGUGACACGGUGAAAAUGCGCGAUGCAAAGGGCAUCGUUCGACCUGAUGUAAUCCACCUUCUGAUGCAAGCGAGGGACAACGAGAAGGGCAUCCCGAUGACCAACGACCGAGCCAACGACGAUAUAACGGCCCAGGCCAUCCUAUUCUUGCUCGCUGGUUUUGACACCACUGCCCGGCUCAUGUGCUUCGUUUCUCACGUUCUUUCUCAUCAUCCAGACAUUCAAGAUCAACUUCGCGACGAAGUCGACGCAAUAUUGGGCCAAGAUGACGAAAGCAUUUCCUACGAGAAAUUGGGUUCUAUGAAGUACUUGGAUAUGGUGAUUUCGGAAACUCUUCGUAUGUAUCCCCCACAACCCUUCACCGACCGGGUUUGCACCGAAGCUUAUGAACUGGAGGCCUCGACGCCUGAAUCCAAACCGUACACCGUUGCCCCGGGGACCGUAGUGUGGAUUCCAAUUCUUGGCUUUCAUCGUGAUCCCAAAUAUUUCCCGGAGCCGGAGGAGUUCAAACCGGAACGUUUCAGCGAAGAAAACAAAAACGACAUUACUCCCUACACUUUUUUACCAUUUGGCGUUGGACUGAGAAAGUGCAUGGGAGAACGAUUUGCUAUCGUGGAAGCGAAAAUCAUCAUUGCCCGACUCCUGCAAAAUUUUGUUUUCAAAACAACGAAAGUCAUCACGUUCGGUACGGACGGAUCGAUUAUGAGUCCUGAGCGCGGGUUCUGGAUGCGGUUGAAACCUAGAGCAAAAUCGAUUUUUGUGUGAUUUUGGGACGCCUCCUAUUUGUACUUAAAACCUUCAUUUGUUAUUUAUUUACAUUAUUAAUGUAUGGAAAU